GACGCGCAAUUCCGGCCAGCGAUUUCCCAAUUUGCAUUCUUUUUCCUCCUCCACUUUUUUCUUCCUCAUUAAAAUAGAAUUAAUUGAUUUUAAGAGGUAACGGUACACCGUAUAUGGAUUCCUGGAUUUGGAUUUUGGAGUCGCACCACUUUGGAGUUGGGACUCGAUAAUAGAACGUAUCUAUCUUUCAAUCCCCCGACAGCCACGGGAAGAAGGGGACAUCAAGCAAUCCAAAACAAAUCUAAAAGAGGGAAAAGAAGAGAAACGAGGGAGAAGAGAAGAAGAUCGACCCUCCAAGCCUGCGCGCCGGCCGAAAUUGCAGAGCUCCUCCGAUCUCUCGCUCUCCCUUUUUUUCUCUAUCCAUCCCGCCAGAAAACUGUAAGUCACCUGUUUUCUUCCCUUAGAUCUGAUUUUUGGAUGCUUAUUUGUCCUGUUUGCGUUCUUUUCAAUCGGUUUUUAAUGGACAAGAUUGGCACAGAAAGAUCUGUAAAUGGGUUAUCUUUCGAUUCUGUGUUGAAGCAAUCCUUUGUCUUGAUGAGGUAGACACGGAUCUGGAAUUCCGGGGGAAAGUUCUAGCUGAAACGUGGAGGAGGUACAAGGGGGGAUAAAGGAAAAAGUUAGAACCUUGGCGUUCAAUCUACCGAAUUAGAGUGAUCUGCGACGUGUAUGAACGAAAAUAUAAACCUUAGCAUUUGGACUGAAAUGUUAGAUUGUUGGGGGUAUCAUUGAACAAUUGUGAAAUUAGUAAUUGGGCCUAUUGCAGCAAGGAGGGAGGGGUUCUGGCCAGCGUUAUUGCUGUAGUAAGGCUUGGACUUCGUCUUGGAGGAUCAUUUAUUGAGAUGGAGAAUGUUGAACAUCCUUGUAGGGUCCGAGAUCUUUGUUUGUCGAUCAAUCAGAUUCUGUUUUACCAUGCUUAGUUAGCUUUGGAUUGGUCUUAGUUUGCCAGGAUCUGCUAUGCCUUACAGAAGCAGCUGACUUGCUUCCAUCUCUUUUACUUGCUUGUAUCUUGCCCUUCCUUACUGCAUCUUCGGGUGCAUCAUGAACAAAUUGUGAUGUUUACCUUGGUCGAUAUUCCAAGAAAUAGACCCUAAUCCAUUCAGGAUGCAUGCUGUUGAUUCAUUAGUCGUUAGACUAUCACCUCUUCGAUUAGGUUCUCUAGUUCGUUGUACUUGGGAAAAUGGCAUGGUGUUUCGGCUUUUGUUCCAAAAUAUAAGAUGCCAUUUAUUCUUAUCUCAACCUUCCUCACAGUUAAGUCCUAAUCGGCUUCCAUCGCCGUGAUCUCACCUCUGUAAGUUAGGACGUUUCUGCAGUCUCUUAUCAUUGGUUUUGACUCAAAAACUUUCCUGGAGUGUUUCAAGACCAAGUCGUGUCAACAUCUGCUCCCGCUAUAAUUGCCUUCUUUUGGAGUGUGGCAAGUAGUGGGCUGCUGUCUAUGAGUAUCAACGUUGGUCAUUGCUAUCGUUCCUUGUAAACUUUGGGACUAGUCUCUUUUGGUCAUUUACUACACUAGAUUCAUUCUAGUUCCUGCAGAAGUUAUCUUCAAACAUCCAUUUUGAUUUGAAUGCUUGGUUACAUAAUAGAAAAUUGUGUUCUUACAAUGCCACGGACUAAUCCAGAUUGACUCCGCAAUUAUUUCAGGACCUUGCAGGAUAAACAUUAUGGUACUUGACAGCCUAUCUUCCCCUCAUCGGAUAUCAUCAUCGAUUCGGAAAGGUUUCCCCAAGGAAGAGCUUGGCAACUGUUCAACACUCCUGAACAGACACCGAUUCCUGCUAACAGCUCUGACUCUAUUGGCGUUUCUAUGCACCAUCUACCUCUACUUCGCCAUUACAUUAGGUGCCUCCGCUGCUGCAGCAGCAGGAUCGUGUUCUGGGAUGUCCGGGAAAGAAAAGGCGUUGUGCCAUUUAGAGCAUGCCAAGACCUCUGUGACUAUGGGGAAACUGAAAUUCUUCUAAUGAAAUUGACACAACUCGAUCUGUUAUAGUUUUCUCUUCCUUUUUGGUCUUACUGUGUGAUCAAAAUCAAAUACUCUGGUAAAGCAUGUUGGAGAGUCGGGGGUGAUCGAUUGUGUAAUCUUAUUGUGUAUUAAAAGGUUCUGUUCCAA